CUAACGUGUAUUUUUCGAUUUUCUGCGUUUUCUCAAGUUGUUUGAAACCCAAUGAGCGAACACAAGUACACUAAUAGGCUCGCUACGGAAAAGAGUCCAUAUUUGUUGCAACACGCACACAAUCCGGUGGAUUGGUAUCCGUGGGGCGAAGAGGCUUUCCAAAAAUCGAGAGACGAAAAUAAGCCCAUAUUUCUUAGCGUUGGCUACAGCACCUGCCAUUGGUGCCAUGUUAUGGAGCAUGAAUCUUUUGAAAACGAGGAAGUAGCCGCUUUGAUGAAUAAGCAUUUCGUCAACAUUAAAGUUGACAGAGAAGAGAAUCCUGGAGUCGAUAAGUUGUACAUGACAUUUGUGCAACUUUCUUCUGGCGGGGGUGGCUGGCCAAUGUCCGUGUUCCUCACACCCGAGCUGUACCCGUUUUUUGGGGCCACCUACUUUCCUCCCAAUGAUCAAUUUGGUCGCCCCGGUUUUAAGACGCUCUUGACACGGAUUGCCCAAGUAUGGAAUAUUUCACCAGACAAAGUGAGGUCCAGUGGUGAAAGCAUGAUCUCGCAGAUCAAGACUUAUGUCGAGGCUAAACCUUCGGCAUCCUCAAAAGAACUGGAUGCCAACGCUGUUGCCGAAGAGACAUACAGUCAUUUUGCACAAUCCUUUGAUGAUAAAUACGGAGGAUUCGGCACCGCACCUAAAUUUCCAACUCCCGUACAGCUUAAUUUCCUGCUAAACUACUACGCAUACAAUCACAAAAAACCCGAAAAAUCAAAAGAAGCGAAAAACGCCCUGGAAAUGACUCUGUUCACGCUUAAACAAAUUGCGGCGGGAGGAAUUCAUGAUCACGUCGGCAGCGGUUUUCAUCGCUAUAGCACAGAUAAAAAGUGGCAUGUUCCUCAUUUCGAAAAAAUGCUGUAUGAUCAAGCACAGCUACUUUCGGUUUAUUCAGCAGCGUAUCAAAUCACGAAUGAUUCAUUGUAUGCCGAAGUGGCAAGAGAUAUCGUGAAAUACAUCGCGCGCGACUUGCGACAUUCUGAUGGUGCUUUUUACUCUGCAGAGGAUGCUGACUCUUAUCCUUCGGAAAAGAGCGCCAAGAAGCUAGAGGGAGCUUUUUGCGUAUGGGAAGAAUUGGAACUUCAGCGGCUGUUGGAUGAAGACGAGGUCAAACUCUUUGUCACUCACUACGGUGUGAAAUCGAACGGGAAUGUCGAUCCAGCUCAAGAUCCCCACGAUGAGCUGCGUCAAAAGAAUGUUUUGAUGGAGCAAGGAAGAUUAGAAGAGUCUGCCCAAAAGAUCGGCAUCGAUGUAGACAGAGCCAAACAACUCAUUCAACAGGCCAAGGACAAGCUUUGGAACCAUCGUGUUAACGCUCGACCUAAACCGCACCGUGAUGACAAGAUCCUUACUUCGUGGAAUGGAUUGAUGAUCACUGGUUUGUCCCACGCGUAUCAAGCUUUAGGCGAUCAAGAAUGUCUUUCUCUAGCCAUUGAAGCCGCUACAUUCAUUGAAAAGAAUUUGUACCAACAGGAGACAAAGACUUUACUUCGCAGUUUUUGCGGCGGUCCUUCCGCUAUUGAAGGCUUCGUGGAUGACUAUAGUUAUUUGAUCCAAGGUCUUUUGAACCUGUAUGAAGCAUCCUUUGAUGAGCGAUGGGUACAAUGGGCCUUUGACCUCCAAGAGCGGCAGAACGAGUUAUUCUAUGAUAAAGAUCAAGGGGGUUACUUUAAUGUGGCCGGCGACGAUAAAAAUAUUCUGCUCAGAUUAAAAGAAGAGCAAGAUGGUGCAGAGCCUUCCGCGAAUGCUGUAUCGCUUUAUAAUCUUAUAUGCCUUGGUACAUUAUUCGAUCAUCGCGCCUAUCAAAAGCACCAACAAGAGGUUGUUAAUGCAUUCUAUCUGGCGCUCAGCAAAUUUCCUUUCGCUCUACCAGCUCUCGUUAGCUCCUUUUUGGUGUUGAGUAACGGACUUAAAGAGAUCGUGAUCACUGGUCACCGUGAAAACAAGCAAAUUGAAUCGUUUAUUCAACUGUUAUCACAGUCGUUUACCCCUAAUAAGCUGAUGAUUUUGGCUCGAGAAGACGGCAACAUUGCCAGCAAAAACUCUGUCGUUGGAGAAAUCACUCGCUCAAAUCAACCGACUCCUUCCGUGUACAUUUGCGAGAAUUUCACUUGCGGCCUUCCCAUAACUGAUAUAAAUGACCUCAAAGCUAAACUCGCAUCAUAGAAUAGAUAUUCAGAAAUGCUUCCAAAAAUAUUUGUGCACUUGUAAAUCUGCAUAAAAUCUUUGGGAAAUUAGCGAUUUUGUAAAUCACAUGAUCUACACCAAGUUAUCAGGACCUGUUAAAC